AUGUUAAAUGAGCUUAAGAGGGCCAUUAGCAACAUUGAGCAAGGUUAUGAUGAGCUUCUUUAUGACUACUUAGAGAGGUUUAAGAGGCUCGUUGCUUGUUGUCCUUACCAUGGUUUUGCCGAGAAGGAUCUUGUGCUGUAUUUAGUUGCUGGGCUCCUUCCAGAUGAGAGAAGGAUGGUGAAUGCUGCUUGUGGGGGUAACAUUGAUAACAAGACCCCACAACAAGCCAUGAAGCUCAUAAGUGAGUUUGCUGAGAGUUCUCGCACCUAUUCUAAGAGGAAUGCUACCUGGGGUGUUAAAGUCGAAAGUUCUUAUUCGUCUUUGGAGUCGGAGGUUUCCGACCUUAAGAAUAUGUUCCGGCAAUUCAUGAUGAGUAACAAACCUCAACAAGUGAAAGCUUGUGGAAUUUGCUCCAAUACCGGUCAUCCUACCGAUGCUUGCCCAACCUUGCAAGAAGACACUCAACAAGUGAAUGCUUUGGGCUAUCAAGGAAAUAGAAAGUAUGAUCCUUACUCCAAUUCGUACAAUCCCGGUUGGAGAGAUCAUCCGACUUUCACUUACAAGCAAGGGAAUCAAAACUUUCAAGGGAAUCAAAAUCUUCAACAAGGAAAUCGACCUCCUCCAUUCAAGCAACCAUAUCAACCUCAAGGGCAAUCAUCUAGCUCUAACUCAAUGUCCACUGAAGAUAUGAUCAAAGCCUUGACUAAGAAUGUAACUACCAUGCAGUCUAAUAUGGUGCAAUUUCAACAAGAGACCAAGUCAAGCAUUUACAAUUUGGAGACACAAGUGGGCCAAAUGUCUAGUGUCAUGAAUAGGCUUGAGGCCCAAAAUUCUGGAAAAUUGCCAUCUCAAACCGAGGUGAACCCCAAGAAGAAUGUGAGUGUUGUGACAUUAAGAAGUGGCAAGGAGCUUAUUAAUCAUGCGCCCAAGAAGGGUAAAGUUGUGGAAGAGAAGACAAGAGUUGAAGAUGAGGAGGUGGAGUUACUCCUUCCAAAGAGGUGGAAAAAGUGCCAAUGUAAUGUGAAUAUUCCUUUGUUGCAAUUGAUUAAGACUGUGCCUUUGUAUGCUAAGUGGUUAAAGGAGAUGUGUUCAAUAAAGAGGAAAAGUGGUGUUAAAGGGAAACAAACCGUUAAGGUUAGUGAACAUGUGUCCGCUGUUUUCCAAAAGAGAAUGCCAAAGAAAUGUGAUGAUCCGGGCAUGUUCACUAUUCCUAUAACUCUUGGUGACACUAAGAUUGAUAGGGCCAUAUCCACUUCCAUUCCUAGAGGUGUAGUUAAAGAUGUCCUUGUGGUAGUUGAUAAGUUGAAUUUUCCUGCUGAUUUUUAUGUGAUUGAUAUGGAGCAUGAUAAGCAUUCGACCCCUAUUCUUUUAGGGAGGCCAUUCUUGAAAACGGCUAAGACUAAGAUUGAUUGUGACACCGGUUCUUUAGCCAUGCAGUUUGAUGGUCAAAUUAUUGAGUUUAAUAUGUAUGACGCCAUGAGAUACCCUAACAUUGAGGAUCACUCUCUCUGUGCCAUUGAUGUGUUUGAGCCAUGUGUUCAAGGUCUGUUCGAUGUCUUACGUGAUGAUGAUUUGCAAAGUGUUUUGGACAUUAGUUUGAAUGCUAAUUCUUUGGAGUUUUAUUUGCCAGAUAAUGUGCUUAAAAUUGUUGUUGAAUUGAAUGAGCUUUCCAAACUCCCUUUGAAUCCUUCAAACUAUAAGCCCAUGCCACUUACUGUGCCUAGCACAAGAUCGCUUCCUUCUGUUGUGCAGGCCCCCGAUGUUGAGCUCAAAACUCUCCCGGAGCAUUUGAAGUAUGUCUUCCUAGGUGGGAAAGAGACCUUGCCAGUUAUCAUUUCCAACAAGUUGACCUUGGAACAAGAGAGCAAAUUGGUGGAGGCCGGUGCUCAAGGAGCAUUCGACGGCGAUUGGGUGGUCAAUUGCCGACAUCCGUGGCAUUAG